CUCUCUUGCAUUUCCAGCCCCUCUGCGGGCCAUUCUCCCCAGGCCGCUUUCCCUAAGUCGUCCCCCAAAGAGAUCCGCUCGUUUCUGAACGCCGAAUCAAGAAAUGUGGUCCUUGUUACUUCAUGUCGCAGCUCUGUACUCAGUAGGAAUACAUGCUGCUCCGCUUGUGCAGCGUGAUAACACAGUAUCGGCAAGUGAACUGGCUACAUUCGAGUUAUUUGCUCAAUAUUCUGGUGCUGCGUAUUGUUUCGAUAGCGUUCACAAGAAUGGCACCAUCAGUUGCUCAUCUGGAGGUGGAAAUUGCCCGCUCGUCGAGAGUGCUAAUGCCUCGGUUCUAAAUGCUUUUCAAGCUGGUAGCACCAAGACUCUCGGCUAUGUCGCAGUAGAUCCCACGAAUUCGCUCAUCGUUUGUGCUAUACAGGGCACACAAGUUUCGACGAACCCUGUAAAUGUCCUGACCGAUGUCGAUAUAAUCCGGUCCAAGACUGACCUUUGUGGCGACGCCAAUACAACCGACGGCUGCCUGGUCCACGACGGAUUUCACAAUGCCAUGCAAGAUGCUGCAACUGUUGUCCUCCCCGCUGUGCAAGCAGCGUUGCAAGAGUAUCCUGAUUACAAAGUAAUCACUACUGGACACAGCCUUGGAGCGGCCGUAUCUGCAUUAUUGGGCACACUGCUGAGAAACAAUGGGAUUGUUGUUGAUAUGUAUACAUUUGGACAGCCUAAACUCGGCGAGGUAGACAUCUCCAACUACAUCCAGAAUCAAGCCCCUUCUCAAGGAAUGAACUAUCGAGUUACCCACUACAACGAUAUCGUACCACAGCUUCCAGAGCAUGAGCCGGGUGACUGGGAUCACUACUAUCCUGAGUUCUGGAUCGACAUAGGAAACGGAACGGUCACUCCCGCCAAUAUCAAGGUUGUGGAGGGAAGGCUUUUUGAAACUGGUGGCAACGAGGGAGCAAAAACCGGAUUGGGGGUACUCGCUGACAUUGCUGCCGGUGGUGUGACCGCACAUGGGGAAUAUUUUGGAGCCAUCUCAGCUUGUUCAUCAAGCCCACCGGCAUCCUCCUAGAUGUUAGUAAGAGUAGGAAAACGGUAAGCGCAGGUUUUAGGGGUUGCGAUCUCAGGCUUGCAGAAACUAUCUGUUGCGAAUCUGAAACAGCCUGAAGUCAACCAUCGGAGGAAAAUUGCCGAGGGUAGGACACACGGUUCAUGGGGUCCAUGACUGAAACUAGUUGGGUAAUAGGAGGUCAAAAGAAGCUGUAAUGUGGUGGUUAUCUCCUUCGGAUAUGAUGGUAUGUUCACUUACUAGAAGGCCUGUAAUCAAAAUAUAGGU